CUGUGGCUAAGACUAAAGCUUUUGGUUAAUGUGAAAAGGACUUUCAUAUUGUGACUAACUGUAUGGGGACUACAAGUCAAAAGACCCAAGCUCCAUGGCCCCAGCUGUGAACAGUCUUUGUAAGGUCUAUAAAAGUUUAUGUUUUUCCAUGAACUUUCACAUGUUCCUGUCUUCUUACGCUGCCAUGGGUCCUACUCUGCACAGCCAUGCGCUUGCUGUUCUAUUCUUUGCUUUCCCGUUCAUGGCCAUCUCCACUGACCCCGGCCAUCAUUAUGGAAUCAAGUCACUUCACUUUGCUCUCUUUCAACAUGAGACCAUAAAUAAAACAGGUUACAUAGUAGUCAAUGGUGUGGCAGGACCAGGGAUCAGUGAAACCACCACACCUUUCGGGACCAUAUUUGUUUUCCAAGAUCCCAUGACUGUUACAGCAAACCGAUCUUCGAAAGUUGUAGGCAUUGCGGAAGGAAGUUCCAUCACCUCUGGUUUUGAUGGGCUGCGGAGCAUAUCAGUUGCCAAGAUCACCCUGCGUUUGAAGCAGCACAUGGGAUCCAUUUCCAUCGUGGGAGGUACACAUAAUGUUAAGCCCUCCGAUCAUCCGGUUGUGGGAGGUACGGGUGACUUCCUGUUUGUGCAAGGCUACGUGAGAUCAUCUCCAGUGAACCUCAAGGGCCUUACAGUUACCUACAAAAUCGAGUUUCACCUCUACUGGCCUCCAUUUGCAGCUAAAACUUCUUGAUCGACGGGCUUGCUAAGUAAUUGUAUACCUGUAGCUCAUGCUCUGGGUUCUCAAACUUUCUUUUCUUGGCUAAAGCAAUUGCUCUUCCUUUUAGCUUAACAUUACUCUCCCUUUUGUUGU